GAAGAGGAGGAGGAGGAGGAGCUGCAGGGAGAAGAGAGGAAGGCUGCGUGUGUUCUUGUCAUUACUGUUGUCACAUUUUUUGGGGUGCAGACAGGAGCUAGAGGAGGUUUGGGAACAUGCAGGCUGCACGUUGACUCCCCUAUGGAAGUAUGUUGACUCUGCCAUUCGAGGACGCGCACACCAUGUGCGAGCCACGCUUCGGUGCCGGUUUCCCUCGCGGAGGCGCCCCGGAAGAUCGACCCUCACCUCACUCUCAUCACCACCAUCACCACCACCGCCUCCACGACGACGACGAUGACGACGACGACGAGGGGCCCUGCAGGUCCACCGGGGAUGACGCCGCCUCCUCGGACCGGGACUACGAGCAGGACGACGCCGGCGGCCUCCUCCACAAGAAGCGUGGCCCGCGGAAGAAGAAGGCCGCCAAGGAGCCGCACGAGCGCUCCAGGCUGCGGCGGCAGGAGGCCAACGCGCGGGAGAGGAGCCGCAUGCACGGCCUCAACGCAGCGCUGGAGAGCCUCCGUAAAGUGGUGCCGUGCUACUCCAAAACGCAAAAGCUGUCUAAAAUUGAAACCCUACGUCUAGCCAAGAACUACAUCUGGGCUUUAUCCGAGACGCUCAGCGCCGGGAAGAGACCCGACCUCCUGGCGUUUGUGCAGACCCUCUGCAAAGGAUUAUCGCAGCCGACCACCAACCUGGUGGCGGGGUGCCUGCAACUCAACGCCCGGAACUUCCUUACUGACCACAACGGGGAGGUGGUGUUCUCCGGGCGGCCUCCGUACGACCCCCUGUACUCGUCGUCCUCCGCCUACCCGGGCUCCGAGGUGAGCGCCUCGCUCGGACACGCCGGCUCCGGCCCGUCGGACCCGGCCAAGCCGUUCCGUCAUUACGGCUACUCCGCCGCCUACGAGCCGUCUUACGCUUCCCCGGAGGCCGCCAGCCCGCACUUUGAGAGCCAGCUGAGCCCGCCUGUCAACCUGAACGGCAUUUUCUCCUUCAAGCACGACGAGCCGCCGGACUACGGCAAGGGGGGACACCACUACGGGGUGCGUUACUGCGGCGGCCCCGGACGAGCGGGCCUGCCGCACGGCUCCGUCUACAGGGUGGCCCCGGAGGGCCGCUACCCGUACGACCUCCACGUCCGCGGCCAGUCCUUCCAAACCCAGGCGGAGCUCAACGCCUCAUACCACAAUUAAGCUGCGAAAACUCAUUUUUACAUAAGCUAGGGAAAAAAAACAAAAAAAAAAACUUCUUCUCCCUUAGUCUGCACUUCCAACUUGGCUCAAGCACAACAAACUUUGCCAUUUGCAGACAUGAGUUAAUUAAAGUGUCAAAAAACAACCACACUAGAAUUCGUUCAAAAUGCAUUAUCAUACUGAUUUAAAUGUUAUUUUGCGCUUAUGAAAUUUGGACUGAGCAAUAAAAUGGCAAAUUAGCUAUGCAAGGCGAUCGUUAAAAAUCCCAGAUGGUUUACAGACAUUGAAGAACGUUGAUUUUUCAUCAAAAUCAUCAUGGUUGACAUCGAAAUUUUGGACGUCAAGUGACGUGGAAACAACGUUGUACUAUGGUAUGUCAGACGAUGGUUGGGUUAACAUUGUUUUAGAACAUAUGAACUAAUGUUGACAAAUAGUUGAUUUAUGAUUGACGGGGAAAUAUGAUUGAAAAGUCAUUGAAUUAUGGAUGAGCGGGCGUUUUGGUCGAAAACAUAACAUUGAUUCAGCGUUUUUUCAAUAUUGUUAUUAAUCGAAAUGACGUUUAGGUUUUGUAAGGAUUUCAACGUUGAAACAACAUUAAUUGAGGGUGUAUCUGGACCGACGUUGAAAAGAUGUUGGAUCAAAAUUCUGUUAUCGAAUUUAUAUCGUUGAAUCAACUUCACUUUUGCACCCUCAACUAAAGUUGUUUCAAUUUGAAAUCCUUACAAAACCUAAACAUCAUUUCGAUUACGAAUAAUAUUGGAACAACGUUGAAUCAAUGUUAUGU